AAGGAGGAGGAGCAGCGGCCCCGGCCGGCCGGCCGGCCACCAUGGGCCCGAAGAGGAGGCAGCUGACGUUCUGGGAGAAAUCCCGCAUCAUCCGCGAGGUGGAGAAGAACCCCGACCUGCGCAAGGGGGAGAUCGCCCGGAGGUUCAACAUCCCCCCGUCGACGCUGAGCACCAUCCUGAAGAACAAGCGGGCCAUCCUGGCCUCGGAGCGGAAAUACGGGGUGGCCUCCACUUGCCGGAAGACCAACAAGCUGUCCCCCUACGACAAGCUGGAGGGCCUGCUGAUGGCCUGGUUCCAGCAGAUCCGGGCCGCCGGCCUGCCGGUCAACGGCAUCAUCCUGAAGGAGAAGGCGCUGCGGAUCGCCGAGGAGCUGGGCAUGGACGACUUCACGGCCUCCAACGGCUGGCUGGACCGCUUCCGCCGGCGCAACGGCGUGGUGUCGCGCCUGGGGGCCGUCAAGGCCUGGAGCCGGGCCCCCGAGGGUGGGCGGCGCUGGCGGGAGGAGCCGCUGCCCACCCUGGCCGAGGGCUACGCCUCCCAGGACGUCUUCAACGCCACCGAGACGGGGCUCUGGUACAACUUCCUGCCGGACCAGGCCCCCGCCCCGCACGGGGAGGCCCGGCCCGGGGGGCGGCCGGGGACCGAGCGGCUCAGCGUGCUCCUCUGCGCCAACGCCGACGGCAGCGAGAAGCUGCCGCCCCUGGUCAUCGGGAAGUCGUCCAAGUCCCGCAACAUCCGGACCGGCCUGCCGUGCGAUUACACGGCCAACCCCAAGGGCGGGGUCACCACCCAGGCCCUGGCCAAGUACCUGAAGGCCCUGGACGCGCGCAUGGCCUCGGAGUCGCGCAAGAUCCUGCUGCUGGUCAACAAGCCGCCCGCCCCGCCGCUGGACACCUCGGCCCUGAGGCACAUCCAGGUGGCCUUCUUCCCGCCGGCCGGCUGCCCCGGCCACCUGCAGCCCCUGGAGCGCGGCGUCGUCCAGCAGGUCAAGGGUCACUACCGCCAGGCCCUGCUCCUCAAGGCCAUGGCCGCCCUAGAGGGGCAGGACCGGGCCCGGCUCCAGCUGGGGCUGACGGAGGCCCUGCGCUUCGUGGGGGCCGCGUGGCAGGCCGUGGACGCCGCCGACAUCGCCUCCUGCUUCCGGGAGGCCGGGUUCGGGGGGGCCCCCGAGGCAGCCGCCAUCAAGAGCGAGGAGGAGGACGACGAGGACGAGGACGAGGAGGACGACGACGAGGAGGACGAGGACGAGGACGAGGAGGACGAAGAGGAGAGCUCGUCCGGGUUGGAGUCGGAGGACUGGCCCCAGGUGGUCGCGGGGGAGGUGGCGGGGAACUUCUGUGGAUACGUGGCCGGCGAGGACCGGGGGCCGGCCACCUGCCUCCUGGAGGGCCGGGAGGAUUCCGAGUCGGAGAGCGAGGAGGAGGAGGAGGAGGAUGACGACGAGGACGAGGACGACGACGAGGACGACGACGACGAGGAGGAGGACGACGACGAUGAGGACGACGACGACGACGACGAAGAGGUCCCGGUGCCCAGUUUUGGUGAGGCCAUGGCCUACUUCGCUAUGGUCAAGCGCUACCUCACCUCCUUCCCCAUCGACGAGCGAGUGCAGAGCCACAUCCUGCACCUGGAGCACGACCUCGUGCACGUGACCCGGCGCAGCCACGCCCGACUGACUGGGGCCCGCGGCUUCAGCCACCAGAACUGAUGGGGGGCCAGGGAGGGGGGAGAGAAAGGAAGGGCGGUGCGGGGGGAGCGGACGCAGAUGCUCCCCAAGGUGGCCGGGCUUGCUGGGACUGCGCCAGGGCCCCGAGAGGGCGGGAGGGGGCGGGAGGGGACGGGACGUCGGAGGGUGGCGGGGAGGGGGACGUCCGUGUGCUGAAGCGCCGGGGGCUCCCUCCCUGCCGCUCCAUGUUCAGUAGUCCUCGUGGGGGGGGAUACUCAGUAUCUCCCCAGAUUUCGGUGGGUCUGAGACUCUCCCCCUCCCCCUCCCCCCGACCCCUGUCUUCGUAAUCUCUCUCUAGCGGUUGUCGGCCCCGCCGUCGCCCAAGGCCCAGGGCCAACCGGAUCUAUACUACCUAUGAAGACGGAGGGGGCUGGAGGGAUCGGGUCCCCUGACCGAAGGGACCGCCGACUGCCUCGUUUCUCUGUCCCCACCCUGCAAUCAUGACUGCGCAAAUUGACAUUCUGAACCCCCUAUUCUACCCCGAGGGCUCCGGCCCCGCCCUCGGGUACUCCCCGGUUCUGCCUGUGCUUGGCAGGGCAGAGGGGGCGGAGGGCAGUGAAAGGGGGGCCCCUGCCCCGCUUCCGGGUAUCCCUGGCUCUGCCCGUGCUUAGCAGGACAGCGGGAGGGGAAGAGGGCACGGCCCGGGACCUCAAACCACUUAGGGAUGCCAGCCGUCCCGGAUUCAAGGGGCCUCCCAAUCUUCAGUCCCCUGGCCCGCCUCUUCCGCCUCCCCUGAACCUCCGCCCAUGCUGGCCAGGGGAGCCGCGAGCCAGAACGCACACUCCCUGGGGCUUCUGGCUGGGCUUUUGAUUCUUCCACAUGCGCCGCCCGAUUUCUUAGGCUCAGGCUUUUCUCUUCCAGGCCCACGUAGGGCUACCGUCCCGGGGCCCCGACGUUGACGGUGAAUCUCAGUUCCCCACUCAGCUGCCUUCCGGGCCCUGCAGUACAGUGCCUGCCCCUCGCCCAGCACUCUGGCAUGGGCGGAGGGGGCUGAAGGUGGAUGAGGUUGGGGGUGGACAGCGAGAAGGUGGAGCGGGACCCGCCUUUUCUUGCUCUGAGCUCAAUAAACCUCUCUUCCUUCGUUGGCCGGGAGCAGAUAUUCUGAUACUCAAA